AGUUGAACAUUGAUGUGAAUCUAAUAUCAUUAAAAAAAAUUUUUUUUUCUUUCUAGAUUUUGCUGAACAAAUUGGAGAUGAAAUACAAUCUGAUUGGCUAACAGAAGGUAAAAAUAUGCAUCGACAAUUUGAUAAUAUUAUAUCCCAUAAUGACAGCGAUGAAAAUUAUUUGAUUGAAAGUGAUGAAGAAGAGGAUGAUUUUGACAUGCCAGAAGAAUGUAUAUCAAAGCCGUUAAAAGACUUAGCUGAACAAAUUGGAGAUGAAAUACAAUCUGAUUGGCUAACAGGAGGCAAAAAUAUGCAUCUACAAUUUGAUAAUAUUAUAUCCGAUAAUGACAGAGAUGAAAAUUAUUUGAUUGAAAGUGAUGAAGAGGAUGAUUUUGACAUGCCAGAAGAUUCUUUAUCAGACGAAUCUUUAUCAGAAGAAUCUUUAUCAGAAGAAGAAGGUAACAUUAAUUAAAAAGAAAAGUUAAUGGGUCAUUUUAUUUCUGUGUCUUUAUUAUUUGCAGGGUUCAUAGUUUUCCUGAUACAAAAUGUUAUGCCUUUAUUUGUCCUGAUUUUUAGUGUUUUAUCCUGGUAUUCCUCAUUUUUUGUUUGUAUGUUUUGUUUUGUUAAGAGCUUACAAUUUUGAUGAAUGGAUGAUUUUAAAAGAAUCAUCUA